AUGGCCAAUUCAAUCUACGAUAAAUCUAAUAAUUCCAAAAGUCCUUUUUCUAUUAUCAAGUCAGACGACAAGAAAUUGUCCAAGGAUACUACUCUCAUUACGGAGAGAAGUGUUAAUGGCAUAACUACAGAAAAUAUGCAACAUGUUAAAGAAAAACCAUUAAAUGAAGUACUUUAUAAUGUUAGUUAUAAUGAUUCAUGUAAAUAUAACUUUCCAAAUAAUAAUAUAGCUGAAUCGUUUAUGGAUGCGAGAGAUACAAACAAUUAUGAAAACAUUAUAUUAAAAAAAGGAUUAUCUGAAAAUCAACAUUUGUAUAGUACCCCAAAUAAUAAUAAUAAUAAUAAUAAUAUUAAUAAUAUGGAUAAUAUAAAUAAUAUGAAUCCUCAUCAUAAUAAUAAUUAUUUUAAUGUGUACACAUUAGAUAAUAAAAUGUUCAUGAAAAAAAGUAAAAGCAACAUGAAUGACCCCAAUAGUAAUAUUACAUAUAAUAUGAUUAAUAACGAUGGUAUAUGGAAUAUGAAAGAAUAUCCUUCUAAUAUAGAAAACUAUGAUUAUGUAGAUAUUCCCAAUUUUCCAUACCAAACGAAUAAUCAAUUAUAUAGUGCAAACAAUAUUGUACCUCCUUUAUAUGGAAGAAAUUAUAAAAUACAAGAAAAUGGUGAUUCAAUAAAUGGAUAUAAUACAAAUGAAUAUAUAAAACAUGGUACUCAUGUAGGUAGAAUUAAACCAUUUAAUGUUUUGGGUGCAUGUCAAUUACCAUCUUUAUGUACUCCAUCUUAUACUACUAGUAAUAAUAAUAAUAAUAAUAAUAAUAAUAAUAAUAAUAAUAAUAAUAAUAAUAGUAAUAAUAAUAAUAAUAAUAUACUGUUUGGUCCUUUUGAAAAUAAGACACUAAAUAUGCCAUAUAUAUUAAAUGAUCAAAAUAAAGAAUAUAUAUAUCCAUAUUUAAAUAAAGGAAUGAAUGAAAUAACUAAUGAUUAUAAUAUGAUGAGUACGAAUAAAUUUAUAUCACCAAAUUAUGAGUACCUUAUGACAAAUCCCAGAUCUCCAUAUUAUAUGCUUAAUUAUAUAAAUGAAAAGAAAUUAGAUAUAUUUAAAAAAAUUACAUUAUCCGUAGGAACAUCUUUAGAUGAUAUGAUAAAUAUCAUGAUUGCUAUGUUAGAAACAUCAUAUAAAUCUAUGCAAAUUAAUAGAAAUAAAAAUAAAGUUAACUUGUAUGAUUUAUAUCCUUUUUAUAAUCCUGAUCAAAAUUAUACAAGAAAUGAAAGACCUACGUUAAAAACAGGUAGUGCAUUUCUUGACAAGGUUAAUUCUACAUUGGACGCUACACUAUUAGAAAAACAUAAGAAUCUUCCGAAAGUUUUAGGUAGGAUUCUAAUUCCUAAAACUCAGAAAACGGGAAGUAUAGUUAUGGAUGGAAUAAAUAAAAUCUUAGAUGGAUUACUGGAUGAACCUAUAUCUUAUCAUCAGUAUGAUUAUUUUAGUGAUAAAUUCGAAGAGGAAGGAAAAAUAAAAGGAGCAAUAUGA